AUGGCAUUUGUGCCACAAAACAACGUUGUAAAAAGGGUCGCCGACGACAUAGUUUCAGUCACGGAAUCCGAAGUGCAUCCUCAAAUGUGGCCGGAGCUUAAUUCUUAUUCCUAUGCGAAAAAAUACGGUCAGGAUGGAGCGCGACAGCAGUCUUUCAGGAUUUACUCCUCGGAUGAGAUGCCCAUGACUUAUUUUGUGUCGGCCAUGCCAAACGGAACCACGACGGGCGUCUUCCGUCAGCACUCCCUCCGGUUUAACAGCUCGGUGCUGUGCAAUCAAGCCAUUAGAUCGGACUUCCCUUCAAAAUGCCCGGGAGUACGACCUUUCGAAGCUGCCCUUAAUAUACCCGACUUCCUCAAUGUGUCUGUCUGCGUACCUGGGGAGUUCGGGGUCCUGCCUUGGACGUUGACUCGUAGCCGCCAGGACAUAACCGAGGAAAUGUAUUUUGAUGUUAUGGUAUCGCCUUCACUGGGUUUCAAUGAAUCAGACCGCAAAAACUUUACCCUUCACUGCCAGGCAAACACCACCAGGGGGUUCUUCGAGCUCGGGAACUAUCGAAACGGAUAUGCGCCAGGACCUUUAUUAGACAAGUGGCCUAGCAUGGAUGAGCUUACUCGGGAUUUCAAUGACAUGCUGCGCUUCAAGAAUAACCGCCCCCCAGGCGAAACUGAAUACGUCCCUGACUACCCAAGUUUUGGCCAGGACCAUGUCUUUUGGGCCCAUGGUAAGUCACUCGACCCGUAUGGCACUGAUAGUCUUAACGUCUCCGGGCCACUCAUGACGUCAGCAAUUGCCAUCUUCGGCAAUGAAAGCUUCUUCCAUAUCGCAGCCAGUUCGAACGGAAGCAGCGCAGCAGCCGCAAGGGACGAAAUUUGCCGACAAGGCAACAUACCCUUCGCGCGGUACAGUUAUAAUAUGUUUGGCAAAAUGCCUGACUAUUGUAACAAAACAUUGGAUGAGGAUAGCACGAGUAGCAGGACUCUGGCUCGGCUCAUGAACGGGUGGUUAUGGUAUUGGAACGAUACUAAAAACGCCCGCGAGCUGCUGAAAGCAAGCAUCUUCCUUGCAAGUCACGAGACACUGGCCCAAACAGUCGACGAGACAUAUAGUCAAGGCUCACGGACGAUCUACACUGCGCCCGGGGCAACCAUUAUCAAGCCGGACGUCAGUACGACCGGGAUUGUGAUCAUUAGCACUUUGAUCGCUCUACAGGUGCUGGGGCUGAGUUACGUUGUUUGGUACAUAGGGCGAGUGCCAAUAUGGACUUCAGCGUUGGACGCGUUUGCGGUUGCGAGAAUCGGGUCAAACAUAGGGCUGCAGAACUUGGCGCCGAUUGGACGGGCAGAUCACGACCUGCAGAAGCUUAGUCGCAUGGAUGGCUUGGUUGGGACGGUCACUGACAGUCGCAAUGGCGAUGGGAUUGUAGGGCUCGGUCUCGGUGCUCCUGGGGUUGUGACUCGGGACCUAGCAAAGCGCGAAUGA